UGGUCAGUAGGUCUCACUGAGACACAGUAAUGAGUAAAUAAUCAGGGUUUGGGUCAAAAUAGAUUUUACUCAGUUUAUUAUUUAGAUUUUCCGCCUCAGUCUGAGGAUCAGAACGAGUUUAAAUAAAGCUUUAUUUUAAUAUAAACGAGUGAUCAGUUUAUUUUGAAUGUUGUUAUUCAGAGUGAAAGAACACUCUGUGUGUGUGUGUGUGUGUGUGUGUGUGUGUGUGUGUGCGUGUGUGUGCGUGUGUGUGUGUUAGUUGUAAAUCCAGACUAACCGGACAUUCCACCAUCUGACUAUAAAACCACACACGCACACGGCACACACACACGGCACACGUGCUCAGUUCUGUUUGUAAUUCACCUUUUCAUUAUUUAUUAUGGUAUUUAUUUAUUGAUUAUUGAUUUGCUCCAGAGGAGAGACUCGACAAUCUGAGAAAUUAUUAAGGUUCUGAUGCAGCUCUUCACUCUGAAGGUUUGACUCCACUAAGAUGAGGAAAACAUCUUCCCUGAAGAGCUUCUGGCCCUCCGAGAGGGACUGGGGCUGUGGGCCUCAGCAGCCGCCCCACUGCUCCGGCUCCGUGCCCUCAGCCUGCUAUGCAGUGAAGAGGAGCUGCUCUGGAAUCCUGCAGCUCCCCCGGCUGUCCUGCAGGAGCUCCGCUCAGCCUGACCAGGAGAACUUCAUCAGCAAGGCGCCCACCAAAGUGACCUUCUGUCUGGGGGCCAGCGAGGACACCAUCUUGGACAAAGUGCAGAAACACUGUUUUGAUGCAGAGAAUGGCCUGUGUUUGGGCCGCAGUUCUAUGGACCCUCAGGGUGGUUCAGGCUCGGGGGUGGUCCUGCAGGCCAGCGUCCCCCACAGCCAGCGCCGGGAAUCCUUCCUCUACCGCUCCGACUCCGACUUCGACCUUUCACCCAAAGCCACAUCCCGCAACUCCUCUGCAGCCAGCGAGCUACAUGGAGAAGACAUGAUAGUGACCCCAUUCGCACAGGUCCUGGCCAGUUUGAGGACGGUCCGGAAUAACUUUGCCAUUCUGACCUACCAGCAAGAUCGCGUGCCCGGCAAGAGAUCCUCUGGAAACCCGUCCAUGUGCAAAACGAGUCUACCAGAGGAGCCGGUGCAGCAGCUGGCGGUGGAGACGCUGGAGGAGCUGGACUGGUGUCUGGAGCAGCUGGAGACCCUAAAAACUCGAAACUCCGUCAGUCAGAUGGCAUCGAACAAGUUUAAAAGGAUGCUGAGCCGUGAGCUCACCCAGCUGUCUGAAACGAGCCGGUCAGGAAACCAGGUGUCUGAGUACAUUUCCAGCACAUUCCUCGAAAAGCAGCAUGACCUGGAGCUCAUAUCCCCACUGCCCAAAGAGAAGGAGAAGAAGAAGAGGCCGAUGUCCCAGAUCAGCGGCGUGAAGAAACCCACGUCCACACAUAGCCGCAACGUGUCCAUCCCACGCUUUGGGGUUAGCACUGACCAGGAGGAACUUCUGGCCAAGGAAUUAGAGGAGAUUCAUAAAUGGGGUGUAGAUAUUUUCAAGAUAUCUGAGUACUCCGGAAACCGGCCACUAACGGUCACGAUGUACACUGUUUUCCAGGAAAGAGACCUGCUGAAGACCUUUAAAAUCCCAGCUGACACCUUUAUUACUUUCAUGAUGGCGCUGGAGGAGAACUACCGUGCUGAUGUUGCGUAUCACAACAGCAUCCAUGCGGCCGACGUGGUUCAGUCUACAAACGUCCUGCUGUCCACUCCAGCACUUGAGGCUGUGUUCACUGACCUUGAGAUCUUGGCUGCACUGUUUGCCAGCGCGAUCCACGAUGUGGAUCAUCCUGGAGUAUCUAAUCAGUUUCUAAUCAACACGAAUUCAGAGUUGGCUCUGAUGUACAAUGAUUCAUCUGUGCUGGAGAACCAUCACCUGGCUGUUGGCUUCAAACUCCUGCAGGAAGAAAACUGUGAUAUUUUCCAGAACCUGAGCAAGAAACAGAGACAGUCGCUGCGUAAAAUCGUCAUUGACAUGGUCCUGGCCACAGAUAUGUCCAAACACAUGAACCUGCUGGCGGAUCUGAAGACCAUGGUAGAAACCAAAAAAGUGACAAGUCUCGGGGUUCUCCUAUUGGACAAUUACUCGGAUCGUAUCCAGGUCCUUCAGAACAUGGUGCACUGUGCUGACCUCAGUAACCCCACCAAGCCUCUGGAGAUUUACCGUCAGUGGACUGACCGCAUUAUGGUGGAGUUCUUCACCCAGGGAGACAGAGAGAGGGACAGAGGGAUGGAGAUUAGCCCCAUGUGUGACAAACACAACGCCUCCAUCGAGAAAUCACAGGUGGGGUUUAUUGAUUACAUCGUGCACCCUCUUUGGGAGACGUGGGCAGAUUUGGUGCAUCCUGAUGCUCAGGACAUCCUGGACACUCUGGAGGAUAACCGGGAGUUCUACCAGAGUCUGAUCCCUCACAGCCCCACCAUCGCACAGGAGGAGAAGAGCCUGAGCCGAGGGGCGGGUGGUGGGUCCGGAGGGGCCGGUGGGACUGGAGGUCCAGGGGAGAAGUUCCAGCUUGUUCUGACACUGGAGGAGGAAGGUGAGACAGACGCUGAGAGUCCGGACAGUCCAGACAGUCCAGAGGAAGAAACUGGACACGACUGGACUGAGACAGACCCCAAUCAGAAGCCCAAAGCUCUUUACAGCCAGCACGUUGAUACCUCAGAUAGCAACGAUGAGGAUGGAGAACUCGGCCAAGAAGGGAAAAGUGUGAGGCUGGGAACGUAA